AUGGAAGGGUCCCUCCAACUCCUGGCCUGCUUGGUAUUUGCUGUCCCAGUGGGAUCACUCAUGAGAACUAAAAGAGAUACUACGGGGAAUUUACUCCACACUGAGGGGCACAGCCCGCCAGCGCAGCGCUGGUCCAUGCAGGUGCCCUCGGAGGUGAGCGCAGUGGCGGGCGAUGCAGCAGUGCUGCCCUGCACCUUCACGCACCCGCACCGCCAUUAUGACGGGCCGCUGACCGCCAUCUGGCGCGCGGGCGAGCCCUACGCGGGCCCGCAGGUGUUCCGGUGCGCGGCGGCCCGGGGCAGCGAGCUCUGCCAGACAGCGCUGAGCCUGCACGGCCGCUUCCGCCUGCUGGGCAACCCACGCCACAACGACCUGUCGCUGCGCGUCGAGCGCCUCGCGCUGGCCGACGAUGGCCGCUACUUCUGCCGCAUCGAGUUCUCCGGGGACGUCCACGACCGCUACGAGAGCCGCCACGGGGUCUGGCUGCGCGUCUCGGCAGGCGCACCACGAAUCGUCAACAUCUCGGUGCUGCCGAGCCCAGCGCACGCCUUCCGUGCGCUCUGCACGGCUGAAGGGGAGCCGCCGCCUGCCCUUGCCUGGUCCGGCCCGGCCCUGGGCAACCACUCCGCGGCGGUGCUGGGACAGAGUCACGGAUACCGGGUGACUGCCGAGCUCUCCGCGCUGACCCACGACGGCCGCUACACUUGUACGGCCACCAACAGCCUGGGCCACGCGGAGGCCAGCGUCUACUUGUUCCGCUUCCGCGGCGCCACCCGGGCCUCGGCGAUCGCGCUCCUGCUGGGUGCGCUGGGCCUGAAGGCUCUGCUGCUGCUGGGCGUUCUGGCCGCUCUCGCCACCCGCCGCCGGCUAGAGCACCAGGUCACCCAGGACACCCCUCCGCGGCCCCAGACUCAAGAAUCCAAUUAUGAAAAUUUGAGCCAGAUGAACCCCAGGGGCCCACCAGCUGCCACAUGUUCCCCAUGAGGAGCCCCUCAGCCACCAGCAUCAUUUUGCACACCAAGUGAAGGCCAGCAUGAGGUUUGGUUCCCAGGCAGCCCCCGCCAGGUGACCCCCAAGGUGGCCUUUACUGAACAUCUUUGAGCCCCUGUGAUAAUUAUUCUAGUGGAGCAAGCAUUCUGAAAGUGUGUGUGUGUACAUGUGAACCUCAGCAGGAAACUUCCAGAACAGCUCCCCUCAACCUUAAUUAUCUAGGACAGGAAACCGACCACAAGGUCUGGAGGCCCAGGCUCCAUCCUGCUCUGUCACCAAACUACUGUGUGGACCAGGGCACUUUCUUCCACUCACUGGGUCUCAACUUAUCCACUGCUGAACAGGGAAAACCACAUUUCCCCCCACCCCGGGAAUGGUAGGUCUAUCAAGAUCUGAAGAAAUAACAGAUGUGAUGGGACUUUGGAGAGUAUGAGCCUAUCUCAGGUGUGAGCCUUUGGAUGUGCAGAGUUCCUGGAUGAAUGAAGCCCUCUCAGCAGCCUUGUGGGGAACAAAGCCCACAAGAGAAAACAAAAGAUGGGGGUGUGCAAACUGUGGCCAGAGGAAGAGCAAAUUCUGGAAACCUGGUAGCAUGGGAAGACCUGGAGUCCUACCUUCUUCCAUCACCACUGUGACUGUCCUGCACCCUCUGCCCACCUCUUGCUACCUCAAGCUGGGACCCCAAGGAAAGGAAAUCAAAGACCGUUAUCUCAAAGCAUCUGGAAGCUUUAGUCUCAGGGACUGAAAGCUGGAAGCCCCUAGGAAAGCUCUGGAUCCCCAUGAAUUAAGAAGCUACAAGAAGCAUCUUGUCCCAUGCUUGGAACCCCAGCCACUCCAGAGGCUGAGGCAGGACAGCAAGUUUGAGGCCUAA